AUGGCCACCUUGGAAGACAAAUCCUUAUGGGAAAACCAAGAAGCCGACGAUGAAGUCGAACAAGAAAUUCGCCGCUUAGCUCCAGAGGAAAUCAACAACAGGACUAGACUACUGGAAAAUGAUAUCAAGGUCAUGAAAUCAGAAGUGGUACGCUUACAGCACGAGCAGACUGCCAUGCGUGAACGCAUCAAGGACAACAAGGAGAAAAUCAAGUUGAACAAGCAGCUUCCAUACUUGGUCAGCAAUGUCAUCGAGCUCCUCGAUGUCGAUCCUGAACCAGAUGAGGAAGAGGGUGCAAACGUUGACCUUGACUCACGACGCAAAGGCAAAUGUGCUGUUAUCAGAACAUCUACGCGACAGACUGUAUUCUUGCCAUUGAUUGGUCUUGUUGAUCCUGAAACUCUCAAACCUGGCGACCUUAUCGGUGUGAACAAGGAUAGUUUCUUGAUCUUGGAUACAUUACCUGCAGAGUAUGAUUCCCGAGUAAAGGCUAUGGAGGUGGAUGAGAAACCUACAGAGGAUUACAACGACAUUGGUGGUCUGGAUAAGCAAAUCGAAGAAUUGGUGGAGGCUGUUGUACUUCCCAUGACACAUGCCGAUCGUUUCAAGAAUAUUGGUAUUCGGCCGCCAAAGGGUGUUUUGAUGUAUGGUCCCCCUGGUACUGGCAAGACCCUACUUGCAAGAGCUUGUGCAGCACAAACCAACUCAACCUAUCUCAAACUUGCUGGUCCACAACUUGUACAGAUGUUUAUUGGUGAUGGUGCAAAGCUGGUGCGUGAUGCUUUCAACUUGGCCAAAGAAAAGGCACCUUCUAUUAUCUUCAUUGAUGAAUUGGAUGCUGUCGGUACAAAGCGUUUCGACUCUGAAAAAUCGGGUGAUCGUGAAGUACAGCGUACCAUGUUGGAGCUUUUGAAUCAGCUGGAUGGUUUUUCAUCAGAUGAUCGUAUCAAGGUGAUUGCUGCCACCAACCGUAUUGAUAUCCUCGAUCCUGCAUUGCUUCGGUCAGGGCGUCUUGAUCGUAAGAUUGAAUUCCCAUUGCCAAACGAAGAAGCUCGUGCACGUAUUCUCCAGAUCCACUCUCGUAAGAUGAACGUCAGCAAGGAUGUCAACUUUGAAGAAUUGUCUCGAUGCUGUGACGAAUUCAAUGGUGCUCAAUGCAAGGCUGUUUGUGUUGAGAGUGGUAUGUUGGCCCUUCGGCGAGGAGCUGUUGAAAUCUCUCAUGAGGACUUUAUGGAUGCUAUUCAAGAAGUACAAGCAAAGAAGAAAAUGUCGCUUCAAUACUAUGCGUAA